AUGGUUUUUAGAAGCGUUUUUUCAAGAAAUUUUCAAAAACGACUUCAUGGUUCUUUACAACCGAUUACACGUCCUCAUGAAACAAUCGAACAAAAGCGAGCUAGAUUACUUUAUCAAUCUCGAAAGAGAGGAAUUUUGGAAACUGAUUUAUUACUUUCAACAUUUGCUAAAAAGUUUCUUAAUGAAUUUACCGAAUCAGAAUUAAAGGAAUAUGAUGAAUUAUUAAAUAUGCCAGAUUGGGAUAUUUAUGAGUUUGUAACUAAUAAAAAACUUGCUCCUGAACGUUGGGUAAAGAGUCCAUUGUUUCAAAAAUUAAAACAACAUGUAAAUAAUGAAGGAAAAGUAAUUUUGAGAAUGCCAGAUUUGUAA